AUGGAAAUUAUAAACUUGUUGCAUAUAACAUCUUUAUCAAUUUUUUUAUUAACCCUUUUAGGUAUAUGGGUUUACAAAACACUAAUAAUAAAUAAAGAAAAGAAAAAGAAAAAAAAUCAAGAAGAAAACGAAGAAAAAAAAAAAAAGGAAAAAAAGGAACAUUCCAACAUUUUUUUUAAUAACAAGGAAGGAGAAAUAUAUUGUGAUGACGAAAAGUGUUAUCUAAUAAAUAAGGAAAAUAAAAAUAUUUUAUUAAAAAAAAGAGAUAAUAAAGAAAUAAAAGAAAAUAUAAAUGUUGCGGACACAAUGAGUAGUAGUGAUAUGAAUAAUACAAUGAAAAAUGUAAUAAAUGAUGAUCAUAUAAAUAAUCAUUAUAAAACAAUGCAAGAAAAUAAAUCAGUAAAUAAUUUCGAAGGAGAACUUAAAAAUGAUCAUCUUCAAAUAUCAAAGGAUAAUCAAAAUGAUAAUAAUAAUUUUAUUUGUUACAAUAAUAAAUAUAAUUCAGUGUGUAAAAUAAAAACAGAGAAUAGUCUCCUUGAAAAUAAUUCGAAUGAAAAUAAAUCAGAAACGGAUAACGAAAAUUCAGAUAAAAAAAUUAACAACAAAAUGAAUGAUAGUACGAUAGAGAGUAUUUUUGAUAUAAAAGGAGAAGAUGUUAAAUAUAAAGACGAUCUUGAUAAUAAAGAUAAUAUGAUGAAUGAUAUAAAAAGAGAAGAUGUUAAAUAUAAAGACGAUCUUGAUAAUAAAGAUAAUGUGGUGAAUGAUAUAAAGGGAGAAGAUGUUAAAUAUAAAGACGAUCUUGAUAAUAAAGAGAAUGUGAUGAAUGAUAUAAAAAGAGAAGAUGUUAAAUAUAAAGACGAUCUUGAUAAUAAAGAUAAUAUGAUGAAUGAUAUAAAAAGAGAAGAUGUUAAAUAUAAAGACGAUCUUGAUAAUAAAGAUAAUGUGGUGAAUGAUAUAAAGGGAGAAGAUGUUAAAUAUAAAGACGAUUUUUAUAAUAAAGAUAAUGUAAAUUAUGAGGAAAAAAAUAAUCAUUUAAGUGAAUGCGUAAAUAAAACACAAAACGAAUAUCCUGUUGAAGAACAUACAAGUAAUGAAGUAGAAAAAAAUAAAAAAGAUAUUGAUUCCACAAAUAAAACGAAAUACCCGAGUAACAGAAAUUAUUAUAGUGACAAUUAUAUUAAUUACGAUACAGAUGAAAAUUCGAAUAUAAGCUCAUCCAAAGAAAAUGAUAUUUCAGAUGAGUAUAGUUCAUAUAAUAAUGAUUCCUUAUAUAAUUCGGAUAAUAGUGAAGUAGAAAAAAUGUCUUCUUCUAUGGAUGAGGAUGAAUUAGAUGAAUAUGAUGAUGAUGAUGAUGGUGAGGACGAAGAAGAAGAAGAAGAAGAAGAAAAUAGUGAUGAAGAUAAAUACAACGAUACAUAUUAUAAUAAUGAUAAUAAUAAUAAUAACAGUGAUAAGUUUGUUGAGGGAGAUAAUCAAAAACAUAUUCAAGAUGAUAUCUUAAAUAAAAGUGUUGAAGAAAUAAAAGAUAUAGGUAAUAAUUAUUUCAAAAAUAAUGAUUAUUUAAAUGCUAUUUAUUAUUAUAAUAAAGCAUUAAAAAAAUGUAAAGACAAAAAUAUAAAAAGUAUAUUAUAUUCCAAUAGAGCUGCAUGUAAUAUUUUUUUAAAAAAAUGGAAUACUGUUAUCGAAGAUUGUAAUAAAUCUAUACAUCUAAAUGAUAACUUUGCAAAGUCUUAUAUAAGAAGAAGUAACGCCUAUGAACAGUUACAAAAAUAUAAUGACGCUUCAAAUGAUUUAAAUAAAGCAUUAACAAUCGAUCCGAAUUUAUUAAAAAAUUAUCAAGUCAAACAAAGAAAACUUAAAGAAUUAGCUGAACAACAGUUAAAUAAAGAAAAAGAAGAAAUGGUAGGAAAAUUAAAAGAUUUUGGAAACUUAUUAUUAGGAAAAGUAGGAUUAUCCCUAGAUAAUUUUGAAGUACAAAAAAAUCCAAACAACGAUGGAUCCUUUAAUAUACAGUUCAAGCAAAAUAAAUAA